AUGAAAAUACUAGUGUUACUAUCUAUAUUAUAGCAAGUAUUGCCUACAAGAGAUGCAUAUUUUGAAACAGGUAAUAAAAUCCUGUUUUUGGGUAUCACUGAUCAUAUAUUGCAUUUGGAAUCAUACCUUCCUAGAUAUAUUGAGUUUUAAUUCAACUUCUAGAAGACAUUUGAAAUAGCACCAUAGGUUUUUGUAUCAUAAAAUCAUUUGGAUUGGGAAAAUUAAUUGCCAAAUGGAUUUAGAGAGAGAAUUAGUUUUGUAACAAUCAAAGGAUUCAGAGUGCAAGUAAAUGCUGUAGCAACAACUAAGCUUUUUGGAAUAGGAAUUUAUUGGUUUGCAUUUGAUGAUACAAGGUUGAAAAUCUAAAAAUUGGCUCAGGGGAAAGGAAAAUAUUUUUCACCAUUGAUCAUAAUCUUCAAGACGCAUCAGAGGGUUUUAUCUCCUUAUUAGGUAUCAGAUAUAUAUAAUUUAACCAUAUUUUGGAAUUAAAGGUAAUAAUUAUCAACAGCAAUUUUAGGUGGAAGAAAUAAAUCCAAAAAAGUCGUUAUCUCUGUUAGAUGCUAUCUGCAAUCAUAAAUAGACUAUAUAAAGUUCAAUAUUCUUUUGGGUGCUGAUUAAUCAUUAUGGACAUCACCUUCUUUAGCUUAUAUUGUUGAUCCUAAUUCAAAUCACCCAUUUGUAAUUAGGCCAGGCAAUGUGGCUGAAGUAACUGAAUAUAUAGAAUUCCCAUAAGAAUAGUUUAACGGUCUAACUAUUCCAAUUAUUUCACUUAUAACAAUAAGAGGAUAUAAUUGUGAUAAACAAUAUAACCAGAGAUUAUAUACUAUAGUAGAAUUACAAAGUCCUUAUAUUAAAGCAACUUUGGCAAAAUGGUGGGAUACAUUAACUACUGAAUUUUACUAUUAGGUUGCCAUUUAUAAUCCUAAUUAUAUAAUUAAAGAUUAAAAUUGUGCAGAGCUUUUCUCUGAAUGUAACUAUAGGGGCGAUUCUCUGAUUAUUUGUGGAAUUGUAUCAGAUAUUUCGAGUUAUGGAUGGUCUCAACCAAUUAAAUCGAUAUCUGUUCCAACUGGUAAAACUUUAAGUCUUUUUCAAUUGAGUAAUUUUCAAGGUACAAAAAGUUCAUUCAAUUAAAAUUAACAAUGUAUAUCAUCAAUUAACAAAUUAUCUUCAAAACUCCAACCCUUCAUAUCAUUUAUAAAAAUCCUUUUUCUAAACACAGACAUGAAUAAUAGUUGCUUGACUGUUAUCUUUUAUAGCUAAUGCAAUUAUUAAGGAACUGCAUUUACAGUAAAACAAGGGUACCAUUUAUAAUCCACAAAUCAGAUCCCUUUUGAAUUUAAGUCAAUCAUACUAUGUCCAAAUAUCAUUGUUAAAUUUAGAGAUCCUAAAUAUGAUGGAGGAGGAAUAAAUGAGUUUUCUUUUUCUUAAUCAUGCUUUGACAAUUAUUAGUUCCCAAAAUAUCGAUAACCAAGUUGA